AUGGCUACUUGUGAUCAUCUCGCGUGUGUACGCCCUGUAGAGCCUGAGCGAACGGGAGAGAUCAUACUGGAAGACACAGGUCGGUUCUGGCGUAUUAUCCAGGAAUUACCCGACCAAGCAAUCCAGACACCCCAGCUUGCGCUAUUCAUCGGCACCAACGCCAAAGACAUCGCGCUGAAGCAUAUAUUCCCCCAGAACAAUAUUGGCAGACGAGGGGAGAGGGGGAAUAUCAACCUUCGCCUCGAGACUAGUUCAAUAAAUCAUGAUGCGCCGUUGCUUUUUGUCGAUAGUAGUCCAUUCAUUGAGAACCCAACAGAACGCAGCCAUGUCCUCUGUCAUGAAACAAUUUCAUACACCGCACGCUGGAGGUCGGACCAUUACACCGUCAUUGAUGUCCUCUACGCAAGACUACUGUUUCUUUUCAGCGAUGUGAUUUGCGUUUUUGCAGAUGAUUUCUCCAGUAUUGCGGCUUUUCUCCUACGCCUGACGACAUGGGCGGAGAUUGGGAGCGCAAUGUCCUUCCUGCCAGAGUUACGCCCCCGACUCCUUAUUGUGGUCUCUGAGGACGGUCCAUUUACAGGAUCACCUUACGAGGAACUCUGCAACGGACUUCAGUCUUGCUGGAGGCAACUGAGCAGUACGUUUUCCGUGGUUAAAAUUUUUCGGUUAGCAGGCAGUGAUCUAUCCCCAAUGGCACGCCACCAACGCCUCCAGCUUGAAAUUCGGAGUCAAAUCGAAGAAACGUUCGACCUACGGCAGCAGAAUCACAUGCUUCUGUCGGCACUCCAUACUGCGUCUCUUUUCGCAAUGGCCCUUGAGCACACAGCUCGAAGCAUCUCCCAGGACUUCAAUUUCAUUACCGCAUCUCGCACCCAUAACGAAGUAGGGAGUGACUACCUAGGGCACCUACAGACUUUUAUAGGGCUCUCUCAAAGCUAUAAGACUGAGUACGAUAGUGUGGCCUCGCUCAUUGCGUCAACCAUAAUUAUGGAUGCAUAUCCGCCUCGAAUGCACCACUUCCCAAUUGGGCACGUGUUCAACUUACUCUACCGGGAGCCGUGUUACCGGGCGUUGGUGGUAUCCUACAACAACAUAUGUGCACGCCAUUUGUGUGGUGAGAUCGAGCGCCACUGCUUUCGACUUUUCGAACGUCUGAAGGGCGGUUUCGUCUCCUCCAGCAGGCUGCAUUGGGGAAAUGUCAGGGAGCUCGAUCGCUCCAUCGCCUUAUACAGAUCCAACACUACUUGUCUGUUUUGCCUUCGCCGACUACCUGAAUAUCACCUAAGUUGCGGCCACUGUGUCUGUUACGAUUGCAUACUAAUAUUUGGUGCUGUGGUACCGGGAAGAGAGGACAGAUUCAAGCUAAUAUGUAUCUAUCACGACUGCGGCGAACUCACAGUUGAUCUUAAGCCUAAGACCGCCGGUCUUAGAGUCAUUGGAAUAGACGGAGGGGGUUCUCGAGGUGCUACAUCCCUGGAGUUUUUAGAGCAAAUGCAGAAAACUCUUCACCACUGUCCUCUACACGAAAUGGUGGAUAUUGCUUGUGGCAGCAGCUCAGGGGGCUUGAUUGCUCUGGCCAAGUUCCACCUACACUGGCCGGUGGAGCGAUGUAGCAAAACUUUUGAAUCAUUUGCCGUUCGUUGCUUCCAGCGGUCCAAGUCGGUGCUUGGACUCAUUAAAUCAGCUAUUAAAUAUGCAGUCACGGACGCGAUCUAUGAUGAGGCUGUCAUUGAGGAUUUGGUCAAAGAGACCUAUGGUUCUACUACAGUCUUUUUCAGCAAUACCCCCAACACAGUACCUGGUACACGAGUUGCAGUGACUGCAAUGACUCAUGGCAGCCAGCGGAUAAUUUUUACAAACUACAAUGGCUCGGCAAGUAUUCUCAAGGAUCGUGCGAGUUGCGGCCCUUCUCCUCGGUUCCAAGAUACUGGCUACAUUGCCAUCAGACCGAAGGAUGUGCACAAAGAGCCUUUACUAUGGCAGGUAGCCAGAGCUACUUCAGCCGCUCCGAUUUUUUUCAAGCCUGUCCGGAUGGCUGCGGGUGACUUUUGGGACGGUGCUCUUGGAUUCCCGAAUCCGACUGAAUUGGCGACCUGGGAAGCGUCGAGACUGUGGCCGGGGGCCGUUGUGGAUGUGGCAAUCUCACUUGGGACAGGCGAAGAGCCAAAGCACCCAAGAUCAACAAACUCGCGGAACCGACUCUUAGAUGCUUUCAACCUCCUUCUUGACGGGCAGUUGGAGUUUCUCAAUAUGAAAAUGCGAUCUCGCCCUGAGCAGGGGCUCCUACGGCUAAACUCGCGUUUGUCGCAGCCCAUCCGACUGGACGACGCUGAAAGUAUUCAAGUACAGAAACAUUUCGUACGAAUCCAUCCAUCGGCUCCUCAGGAUAUAGUUGAUGCUGCGACUGCUCUGCUGCUGUCUAAUUUCUAUUUUACUCUAGACCGCCCUGUCAGAUACGACCUGGGUGUUUACUAUUGUGAAGGAUCCAUCCGCUGUCGAGGAGACUAUUACCAGGUUGCCGAUGUGCUAACAGAGCUCUACGCCUCGCAGAUAGAGUUCGUCAUGGAAGCUGGGGUCCUUUCAAGGUGUGAACUGGGCCACGACAUCUGCUCCGUCUGCCACAGGUAUCGGAAGAAUGUGAGCUUCACGGUGCGGCAUCCUUCCGACCCAAUCACAGUUUCAAUUCGGCUUGCCGACGGAGUCACCCGAAAGAUUAGUGGGUUUCCCCAAAGUUUGUCCUGGUUCCAGCAGCAACAAGGUCUCGACACCCACUGGGGCACCUCCAGUCACGAUACUCCGGGGCAAAUUCGCUGUCUUGGUUGUAUUCCGCACGAUUUUAAAACCUCUGACGAUACGGGUAGAGUCACCGGAUAG